GCCGCCGGGGGUCCGCCAGCACCAUGCGGGCCACCCACCUCCUGCCAGCCUUGCUGCUCCACCAGCUGCUGCUGCUGCCCACCGCCAUCCCCGCGGCAGAGGGUAAAGGAAAAAAGAGAAAUCCUCUUCAUGACUUCAAAAAAACAGGAGAGUUGAUGCUCAUUAAAGUAAACAAAACACUGGAAGUAAAAACGAAGCUGUUAAAUACCACAGAGCAAUGUGCAAAGAGAUGCAGCAGGAACAAGGGCCUUUCCUUCACUUGCAAGGCCUUUGCUUAUGACAGAGUUACAAAACGGUGCCAUUGGUUAUCCUUCAACAGCUUGACAAAUGGUGUGAGAAAGAAGCAAGACCAUGCGUUUGAUCUGUAUGAAAAGAAGGAUUAUGUCAGAAAUUGUAUCAUUGGAAAAGGAGCAGACUAUAAAGGAACAGUAUCUGUUACCAGAAGUGGUAUCCAGUGUCAGGCCUGGAAUUCAAUGAUCCCCCAUGAGCACAGCUUUUUGCCUUCGAGCUAUCGGGGAAAAGACCUGAGGGAAAACUACUGCCGAAACCCCCGAGGGGAAGAGGGAGGCCCCUGGUGCUUCACCACCAGUCCAGAGACUCGCCACGAAGUCUGUGACAUCCCCCUCUGCUCAGAAGUUGAAUGCAUGACCUGCAAUGGAGAGAGUUAUAGAGGGCCAAUGGAUCACACCGAGACAGGCAAGGAGUGUCAGCGCUGGGAUCUUCAGAGACCACACAAGCACAAAUUUCGUCCAGAGAGAUAUCCUGACAAGGGCUUUGAUGAUAAUUACUGCCGCAAUCCUGAUGGCAAGCUGAGACCAUGGUGCUACACUCUUGACCCUAACACCCCCUGGGAGUUCUGUGCAAUUAAAACGUGUGAGGAAAGCUUCGUGAACAGCACAGAGGCGGCAGCUGAGACAACUGUGUGUGUUCGGGGACAGGGUGAGGGUUACCGUGGCACCGUCAGCACCAUAUGGAGUGGAAUCCAGUGCCAGAGGUGGGACUCUCAGUUCCCUCACCAGCACAACAUCACUCCUGAGAACUUCAAAUGCAAGGAUUUGAGAGAGAACUACUGCCGAAAUCCAGAUGGAUCUGAAUCACCCUGGUGCUUUACCACUGACCCAAACAUCCGUAUUGGUUAUUGCUCCCAGAUUCCUAAGUGUGAUCUAUCAAAUGAACAAGAUUGUUAUCGUGGCAAUGGCAAGAAUUACAUGGGGAAUCUAUCCAAGACAAGAUUUGGGCUAACUUGCUCCACAUGGGACAAAAAUAUUGAAGACUUACGUAGGCAUAUACAAAUAUUCAGAGAACCAGAUGUUAGUAAACUGAAGAAAAACUAUUGCCGCAAUCCAGAUGAUGAUUUUCAUGGUCCCUGGUGUUACACAGAUGAUCCUCUUGUUCCCUGGGAUUACUGCCCUAUUUCUCGAUGUGAAGGUGAUACAACUCCUACUACAACCAGCUUUGAUGAUACUGCCAUUCCCUGUGCCUCAACAAAACAUUUGAGAGUUGUAAAUGGAAUCCCAACACAAACUAACGAAGGAUGGGUGGUUAAUUUGACAUACAGGAAUAAGCAUAUCUGUGGUGGUACUUUGAUAAAAGAAGAGUGGGUUCUUACAGCAAGGCAGUGUUUCCCUUCUCGGUACAAAGAUUUGAAAGACUACAAAGCCUUGCUUGGAGUUCAUAAUAUGAAAGGAAAGGGAGAGGAGAAGCGUAGACAAGUCCGGAAUAUCUCCCAGUUGGUGUAUGGCCCCCCAGGGUCAGAUUUGGUCUUACUGAAACUUAGCAGACCUGCUAUAUUGACAAAUUUCGUAGAAAUAAUCCGAUUGCCCAUUUCUGGAUGUACCAUUCCAGAGAAGACCAGCUGCAGUGUUUAUGGAUGGGGAUACACUGGAUUAGCUAACUAUGAUGGCCUUCUCCAAGUAGCAAACCUGUUUAUUUUGGGAAAUGAGAAAUGCAACCAAUAUCUCAAAGGGAAGAUUACUGUGAAUGAGUCCGAAAUCUGUGCUGUGGCUGAAACCAUGGGUGCUGGGCCUUGUGAGCGAGAUUAUGGUGGUCCUUUGGUUUGUGAACAAAACAGGCUGAAGAUAGUAAUUGGUGUCAUUGUUCCUGGCCGUGGAUGUGCCAUUCGAAAUCGUCCUGGGAUUUUUGUUCGGGUCUCAUAUUAUUCUCGGUGGAUACACAAGAUUAUGAUGACUUACAGAAAACCAUGAAAAAGUCAACAACUCCCAUUGAAAGAUUUUGGACAACAUGUAAUUAAUGUAUAAUGUAAAGAUCAACAUUUUUUUUAAGUACUUGAUGGUCAAGUUUGUUGAGCUUUUUUUAAUAUU